AUGACGCUCAUUCGGAGCGCGAAAACUCUCGUAAAGCCGCGCUGCCAUCGCUUACUACACACACAAAGUGCACUGCGCUCUCAUAUCGACCCGUUGUUCUGCUAUACCAGCGGACGAUGGCUAUGGAAUGAGCGUGCGCAGCUGGAAGCUCGGUAUCGAUAUUUCGACAUAUCCGGUCUUCAGCAAGCGGCCUGCCAGGCUGUUGGCGCGAGCAAAUGUGUAUCACUUGAGAAAAUCGGCGAGGGCAAUUACAACAAGGUAUAUCGCCUGGAAAUGGACGACGGCCAGAAGGCUGUUGCAAGAAUCCCACACCCUAACGCUGGCCCACGGUCCCUUACUACUGCAUCAGAAGUAGCAACAAUGGAGUUUGCUCGGACUGUCUUGCACAUACCCGUCCCACGCGUUCUUGCUUGGAGUAACAAUGAACAGAAUUCUGUCAAAGCAGAAUACAUUAUAAUGGAAGAGGCAAGAGGCUCCCAACUCGAUGAAGUCUGGGAGAGUCUUUCACUGCGGGACAAAUGUCAACUUAUCUGUGAGUUUGUCGACAUUGAAAAAAGACUACUCUCAGUCUCGUUUGAAAACAACAUUCCAGGUUGUCAGCCAGCUGCUGUUCAAAGCGGGCCGCAAGAUGUCCUCGAUCACAUUGAAUCAACGUAUUGCAUUGGUCCUAUCACGCGACGAGAGUUCUGGCAGAAACAGCGCAGCACUAUGCAAUACCACGGCCCUUGGGCGUCUGCCACAGAGUACCUGCAGUCUGUCGCUUGCCGUGAAAUCGAAUGGAUCAACACGUAUGCGAAGCUGCAGGAGCCAAACGCAACGCCAUGGCAAUACACGAGUCCCCAGCAGCAGUCCCCAGAGGCCCAUACAGCUCUGCUGCACAAGUUCCUGGCUGCGGUCCCACACAUCACUCCCCGAGACGUCGAGCUCGCUUCCCCUAGGCUCUGGCACCCGGACUUCCACGCAGGGAACAUCUACGUCGACAACGGACACAUAUCCUGUAUUAUCGACUGGCAGGGGGCAUGGACUGCGCCCGUGUUCAUUGGCGCCAACCCUCCGUUGCUUCUGGACUACGGCAUUGACAUGUUGAUGGAGCUCCCGCCGAACCUCAAAGAUCUGGACAAAGACACACAGGCGCGGCUCAGGUACCAGGUAUCUCAGUCCAUCUUGAUCGACACGUACGAAAGACGCACGGCUAGGAUAAACCCGCUCAUGGACAAGACGAUGCGAUAUCGCCACGGCCAGACGCUGAAGCAAUUGGAGGCUUUUGUCGGCGCGACCUGGGACAAUUGUCUCUUCCCGUUUGAAGAGUGCUUGAUGCGCGUCCAGAGGGAGUGGCAUCACUUUGGCGCCGACGGGCCCUGUCCGUUCGCCUUCUCGGCCGAGGAGACGCGGCGCCACGACGACGAGGCCGAGUCGUUCAACAAGAGCCAGGCGUUUUGGAAAGCGCUGCAGGGCGUGUUGACCGACGAGGGCUACACGACGCACGAGAGCUUUGGCACGGCCGUUGCGGUCCUCAAGGAUCUGAGGGAGGGCGGGCUGGGUGAGUUGGCGGGCGAGGAACGGCGCUGCUUCGACGAGGAGACGCGCUGGGUUGCUGCGCUGGACACCUGA